AUGGAUAUUGUUACUAAAAAAACUUUAAAAGAUGAUGAUAAGGAGGUACAAUCGAUGUCAAGAAAGAGCAGUUCGUGUCCCGGCACGAAAGGAAGGACAACGCGGUCGAAUUUUAAGCGACCGGCAACACCAAUGGGAGGAGUAGCAAGUGACAGUGGCGAGUCUGAUUGCUCGCUAAUGUCAUCGGUCUCCCAGAUGUCGACGGCGUCAGUAACGACGCGGGCACGCAAGCGGAGUCGAACAACGACUAGGUCUGCGCAGGAUGCAGUAGGAAUCCUACCUGGAUCAGAGAAAGAGGCUUUGGAAAGACUGGCCAAAGAGAACACAGAUCUACGGUCUCAGGUCGCUAGCCUUAAAGAAGCUGUUGCUGGCCUAAAAAACCAGCUGAACCUACUUUCUCAACAGGGAGCAACACAGACGUUACAAGUUUCCGGAUCGCCUGUGCCUGGUAGUUUGGCACCAGAUACGGAAGCUCAACUUCGACGCUCCAUCGCCAUAGAGGUUGGCACUAUGAUGGACGCGAAGUUAGCUGCAUUAGAGGGAAGACUGCUGCCAGAGAAGUCGGUUCGCCCAGCUCUCGCUUCAGAUGCCAGGAGACCUUUAGCCUCUAAGCCAGUCCAGGCAGACGCGACAGCCAAAAAGAAGGCAAAAAAGAAGAAAAGAAAGAAGAAGGAAAUUAAUGCAAUCACACCCAUUGUGGUUGCAGCAUCACCUGCACGAAUGCCCACUUCGGCUGCAAAGGAUGGACAACCGGGGACAGCAAAUUCCCAGGACAACACCACGUGGUCAUUGGUGGUGGGACGCAAGGCCAAAAAGGCAAAUGCCCCACAACCAAUAGCUUCAUCCGCCUCGAAUGCGCAGGUCAAACUAUUAAAAAAGCCGUCAGUGAAACUGCCAAAAGUUCCCGCUUCGGCAGCGAUCACUAUAGGCAUAAGGGAAGGAGCAACCACAGGCCUUGGGGAGGUACUUGCUGAGGCAAGGAGACGAAUCAAUCUUUCGGAGUUCGGGAUCACUGGUGACUCAUGCCGUGAGAAACGUGCUGCUGAUGGUGGGAUAGUUUUCAUGAUCUCCGGUGAGGAUUCUUCUUCUAAGGCCGAUCGUCUGGCAAUUCGUAUGCGGGAGGUCCUUGGGGAAUUUGAAGUGCAAAUCGGACGUCCAACUAAAAUGGCCGAGGCAAGAGUCAUGGACCUAAACGACGCUGUAACCCCAGAUGAGGUGGCAGCGGCCAUUGCUAGGGCGGGCGGAUGUUCCACGGCAGAAAUUAAAAUAGGUGAAAUUCGACGUCCCCCUUCUUCUUUGGGGCACGUAUGGGUCCGUGGCCCCCUGGUGGCAAUGAAAAAACUAGCGUCCACCAAGCGCAUGCCAUUAGGUUGGACGUCAGUUAGAGUCGAAGUACUGGAACCACGUCGCAUGAUGUGCUACCGUUGCUUCGAGCCGGGGCAUGUCAGACGUAUGUGCACUAGUUCUGUGGACCGGAGUUCCCAGUGCUAUGUCUGCGGUGGAGCCCAUAAAGCGCAAACGGUCGCAAAAGAAAUUACAAGAGACGUCAGCUGCACCUCAAAGUGUUGGCACCCCAGAGGAAAUGGACACGUCACAUUCCCAGCCCUGAAAGUCCUGCAGUGCAACCUGAACCACUGCCGCAGUGCGCAGAAUUUAUUCCUGCAAACCGUUGCGGAGUGGUCGGUUGCAUUGGCGGUGGUGGCUGAGCCCUACGGCCUUCAGGACCAUCCUCGCUGGUUCCGUGAUACCGUAGACUCGGUUGCAGUUUACUGGGCUGGUGUGAGUGGUGACCCUCACUGUACCCUAUUAGACAGAGGGCAGGGAAUUGUGGCUGUUGAAUGGGGAUCAAUAGCCGUGGUGGGAUGUUAUGUGUCUCCAAACAUCUCUCUCCAGGAUUUCGAGAGAUAUCUGGAUGGGGUAGCUAACUGCAUUCGGCACAAAUGCUCACCCCGUCCAGUAUUGAUCCUGGGUGAUUUCAAUGCUCACUCCAGGGCAUGGGGUAACAGGCGGGACAGGCCUAGGGGGCAUGUAGUGCAGGACUGGGCGGCUUCACUUGACCUCCGAUUAAUAAAUCAAGGAUCUAUUGCCACCUGUGUCCGGUGGCAGGGAGAGUCAAUUGUGGACCUAACAUGGGCGUCCCCUUCUCUAGCCCCUAGAAUUAUGAACUGGAGAGUGGCUGAAGAGAUGGUCACGCUUUCUGACCACCGCCACAUUGUUUUCGAUGUGGCACCUUGUCCAUCCGAGAGUCAAAGUCGUCCCAGUACUAACCCACCGGCACGACGUUGGGCCCUCAAAAAGCUCGAUCGAGAAAUGCUCAUCGCAGCUGCCAACGUCGUUGCCUGGCCGGGAGAUAGUUCCCAUGGGAUCUCGCCCGAUCCAGAAGGGGAGGCAGCUUGGUUUCGGGACAAAAUGGCGUCAAUCUGCGACGCCUCAAUGCCCCGAGUCAAGUGCAACCAGCGUCCUAGAGCAGCUUAUUGGUGGUCGGCAGACAUAGCACACUUGCGUUCUGUCUGCCUGAGGCACCGCCGCCAGUUCCAGCGCACCCGACGCAGAAGGCAACCGAGCGCCACGGAAGAGCAAAUCACUGCAGCCUACAGAGCGUACAGGGAGGCAACUAUGGCGCUCCAACACGCCAUCGCAGACGCCAAGUCUCGGUCCUGGAGAGAACUCCUCGAGGGGCUAAACAGGGAUCCGUGGGGAAGACCAUACCGCUUAGUCAUGGGUAAACUCCGCCCAUGGGUUCCCCCCAUUACGGAGACCAUGGAUCCGGAUCUACUGGAAAGGGUGAUAAAUACACUCUUCCCAGUAGUUAGAGACAGCCCCUCACUUCCCUUACCAUCGUCAGAUUGGUCCCCUGACUUGGGAGUUACAGAAGGGGAGUUAGACCGAGCCGUGCGCAGACUAAGUGCUCGAAACACUGCGCCUGGCCCGGAUGGUGUUCAUGGCCGUGUGUGGGUGUUGGCUGUAGAUGCUCUGGGGGACCGUUUGAGGCGGUUGUUCAACAGCUGUCUUGAGUCAGGCGUGUUCCCCGCCCGUUGGAAGGAAGCCGGAUUAGUCCUCCUGAAGAAGCAAGGCAGGCCCGCGGAUUCACCCUCUGCAUACCGUCCCAUAUGCCUGCUCGACGAGAUUUCCAAGCUCUUUGAAAGAGUAAUCGCUGAAAGGCUCGUCGGGCACCUGUCGCGGGUUGGUCCCGACCUGUCUGACCACCAGUAUGGUUUCCGGCAGCAGCGUUCCACAAUAGAUGCGAUACUGCGCGUCCGCUCGCUGUCGGAUCAGGCAGUGUCCCAGGGUAGGGUUGCGUUGGCGAUAAGCCUAGAUAUCGUUAACGCUUUUAAUUCCCUACCCUGGAAGGCAAUCAGGGAGGCUCUUGUUUAUCACAGAAUUCCUCCCUAUUUGCAAAACAUUAUCGGGGCCUACCUAUGCGACCGGCACAUUCGCUAUGUGGGCCGGGGCGGUAGCGUUCAGCGGAGAGAGAUUACGUGUGGGGUUCCACAGGGAUCUGUGCUGGGUCCUUUAUUGUGGAACCUCGCUUAUGAUGCGGUCCUGCGCGUGGAACUUCCUGCAGAUGUCCAUGUCAUUUGCUAUGCAGAUGACACGCUGGUAAUGGCUAGUGGGACUAAUUUUGAGGACACUAUCCGGCUUUCAGAGCUCGGGGUGGCAAAAGUCGUGGCUUCUAUUCGCGGACUGGGUUUGGAAAUAGCGCCUCAUAAAACUGAGGCUCUAUGGUUCCAUAAGCUCCCGAAGACCAGGGAGCCACCCAGUUCGUCAGUCUACGUUGGAGAUGCGCAUGUCCAGGUUGGCCGAUACAUAAAGUAUCUAGGCUUAACCUUGGAUGGUCGGUGGGGCUUCGAAGAGCAUUUCGAACGCCUGGUCCCCCGAGUCGAGAAGGCAGUGGGUGCUCUGCACAGACUGCUGCCUAACAUUGGGGGACCUCGAGAAGAACGGAAAAUAGCCAUCCGUAUCGCACGAGGAUACCGAACGGUGUCCUUUGAGGCGGCAACUCUCCUGGCUCGCUUUCCGCCAUUGGACAUCCUGGCGGAUAUGGACGCAAAGGUGUAUGACCAAAUCCGCACUGUCCGCCGAAAUGGCGGUAGCGUGCCAGGAGUGGCGUUCACCUGCUCUGGAGCUACCACGGUGCAACCUCUGUUACGGCGCAUGGCUAUGGAUAUGGAAUACGUCUCUCAUGAGCUUCGACGUGCAAGUCGCAAGGCAGCACGUGACCACUGUGCUACCGUCUUUCCUGAGGUCGCUAGAUGGGCACUUAGAGUAGCCACUCUAUGCACCCGCCGCCACAAAAUUCCAGUAGAGAGCCUAGUGAUGUGA